UUUUUGUUUCUCUUUUGUCCCGCCGGCUUGUGUACGUAAAUUUUUAUUUUUAUUUAUUUGCAAAAUAUUUAAUAGAAAUUCAUAAAAAAUGUCCACUAAGGAAACAAAAACUUUACUAAAAGAAGUUCGUGAGGCUAUAAAGUCCGAAAAAUAUCAAGAUGCUAUUAAAAAAUGUGAAGAAGUUUUAAAAGCUGAACCCAAUUGUUAUAUGGGAUAUCUGCUGAUGGGUGCUGCCUAUCAAGAUUCAGAUAAACAAGAAGCAGCAAAAUAUUUACGCAAAGCCAUUGAAUUUUGUUCUCCACAACCACCAACUGUUGCAUUACAGGGUCUGUCUAAUUGUGCACCCCCAGAGGAGUUGCCGCAAAUUUUCGAACAACUGAUAGAAUUGGUGCCUGAAAAACAAUUGCAUUAUUGUGAGAAACUAUUUAGCAUAUCGACCAAUAGCAAAAUAGCUCCAGAUUCGUUUAAUGUAUUUAAACGUAUUAUUGCAAAAACUCAAGAUGAAGAAAAGAAAACCAUUUUAUUAACAUAUUUAGGACGUAUUUGGGUUCAACAUGAUCUACCUGUAGAAACUGGAGAAGAGCAAUUGUAUAAAUCUUCUUUAGAAUCUAUAUUAUUGGAUGCUAGCUUAGACGUUUAUUUGUCCGCAUAUAAACGUUUUAUCAAGUUAUUGUUUAAACAAAAUGAUUUAAAGUUGUGUUUGGAACGUGCCUGUAAUUUGAUUGAUUUCUAUCCAGAGGAUAUAUACGCCUACGAAUGGAUUUGCAAAAUCUAUUGUGAACAAUACAAUUCUACGAAAAACGCUUGUUUGGAGAGUCUAAAAAAUCCUAUUGAUUUUUAUGCCUCCAAGUUAUUGGAAUUGAAUAGUGAAUCGAGUUUAGGUUUGUUAGUCAAAGCAAUCGAUCUUUAUAAUUCACAACAAUUUGUGGCUGCAAGAGAACUUUUAUAUAGAAUUCAAAUUAUUCAACCCAAUUAUGAGGUGGCAAUUAAGUUAUUGGCUUUUACUGAAAUGCAAUUGCAAUCAUAUGGUUUGGCUGAAAACUUGUGGUAUCAACUUAAGGAUAAUGAUAGCAAAGAACUUGCUAUAUGUCUUUCAUACAGCGAUGAAAAGUCCAAGUUGAAUGAAGCUGUAAAAUUACUAAAAACUAAAGAACCAUCUGAGGAAAUAAAUCAAGCUUUAGCAAGAUGCUAUUACAAAUUGGAAGAUACUGACAAUCUUCAGAGUUUAGAACUUGAUGCGUUAAGUAAAGCUGAGUUUUUAUUGUCACCUUCGGAAGCUAUUGAGUUUAUAAAAUCUUCGAUAACAGACUUAGAGACCUAUUCCGUUCUAUUUUUAAUGGGAAAAUGCUAUUAUGAAGUACAAAAUUAUAACAAUGCCUUAAUGUCUAUUUUAAAAGCUACUCGCUUAAAGCCCUAUAGUUCGGAAUGUUUUUAUUAUUUGGGUAGAAUUUAUUUGGCCACAAAUGAUAUUGUACGUUCAAGAAAAUGUUUUGAAAAGAAUGUUACAUUAAAUCCUCUAAAUGAAAAAGCUGUGGAAAAUCUCUCAAUUAUAUAUCAAAAAUUGCAGGAAGAGGAUUUAAAUUUAUCAUUGCUGAUGAGCACUUUAAAAUAUCUAAAAAAUUCGGAAAAAUCAAAACAUAUUCAUUACAAGUUGGGUCUACAUUAUCUAAAUUUUCAGAGGUGUGAUGAGGCAAUACAAUCAUUCCGCACUGCCAUUAAGCAUGAUGUAACCUGCAUAAUAUAUUGGGAAUCCUUAGGGGAUGCUUAUGCUGAAAGAGGUUCCUACAACUCAGCUAUACGUGUAUUUCAAAAAAUUCUUGAAAUGCAGCCGGAUAACUUAUACGCCAAGCUACAAAUAGCCUUAACGAAGACAACUAUACGAAUGUUUCCAGAGGCCAUUGAAGAUUUUGAUAGUUUACUUAAAGAUAAUGAAAAUUAUUUGCCCGCUUUGAAGGGUGCAGCCGAGGCACAUAUUGGCUUGGCAAAUAAUUUAAAGUUGGAAUAUCGUUUUGGCAGAGCUAAACAUCAUUUACAAAUGGCUAUCAAUAUGCUGCAAAGGUGUUUCUUGAACCCUGAAAAUUUAAAUAUGGUUUGGCUGUGGCGUUUAGUGGCCAAUGUGUUUGUGGCAACGGCCCAAAUGCCCGAAUCUUUGGCAAAUCUUGAUGUUAGUGGUAAAUUGGCUAAUCGAGAUACCGACGUAGUCUGCUUGACACGCAAAGAUUUAUUAAGUUUGGCACUAAGAUUUUAUACUUGCGCCUUGAAAAUUAAACAAAAUACUUAUAUGUGGUAUGAAUUGGCUUUGUGCUCUUACUAUUCUGCCGACUAUAUGCCUGAAGAGGCAAAAAUGCAUUUAGAAUUGGCUACGAAAGCUUGUCAAAUUGCUAUUAAGGAACAAACAAAUAGAUGGCAUAAUUGGAAUUUAUUAGGUGUUAUUAAUAUGCAUUCAGUUAUGGACAAUUUACCUUUGGCCCAACAUUGCUUUAUACAAGCUUUAAAUAUUGAGCGUAAAUCCUAUACAACUUGGACUAAUUUAGGUGUGUUAUAUUUAAAACUAAAGGAAAUAAAGCUGGCCAAUCAGGCUUUUCAAAGAGCCCAACAGUCAUCACCCAUUUAUCCUAAUGCUUGGAUAGGUCAGGCCAUGAUUGCUGAAGCUAUAGCAGAAGAAGUAGAAGCUGUUGAUUUAUUCCGUCAUUGUCAACAAUUCGAGUAUCAUGCUGAAUCGUCCCUUGGUUAUGCCCACUGGGUUUGUAAUAUCCUAUCAAAUAAGGAAAAGUGUCAAUUGCCUCAUUAUAGAUAUGCCAUUGAGAUCAUGUAUGCCGAUACUGUGGCAUUGGAUGCCAUCAAUUGGUAUAAUAUUAUCGAAGAAAAUAACUCUUCAGCUUCGGCUUACUCUUUCCAAGGUUUUCUAAGUGAACGUCAGCAACUUUAUAGACCGGCUUUAAGGGCAUACGCUAAGGCAGCUGAAAACGCUGCUCCCGGUACUGAACGUGAUCUUAUGUAUACAAAUUUAGGUUAUGUUUAUCUUAAACUAAAUGAACCCAAUGAAGCUAUAAAUGCUUUUAAUAAGGUUACACAAGCUUCAUUUAAGCCUAUUAUAGGUUUAGCUUUGGCCUAUUUUAAGGCUGGUCAACAUCAAGAAUCAUAUUCGGUUUAUAGUUCUGUACUAAAAAGUGUGGCUGGUGUUGAGGAUGAUAAAGCGGCAAGAAUUUUAGUAGCCAUGGCUUCCAUGGUUUAUGCAUUUCAAGGAGAAGCUGAUACCAAAACUAUUUUAUAUCAGUGCAUACUUCUCAAAGACUCUCCCAUACAAGCCUUGUAUUCUGCCUGUGCUUUGGGUAUUCUACAUCAAGACAAUCAAUUGUCUGAGACCAUAUUGAUAGAGUUGAAAAAAUAUGAAGAUUCUGAACAGCAUGCUGCUCAUAUUGCCUAUUUAACAGCACAAUAUUAUAAAGCAAAUCAACAACCUCGCAAAGCACUUACCUAUCUAAUGACACGUGUUCAUAUAUUUCCACAAUGUGCCGAAUUGCGUAAAGUGUUGGCCAGUUUUCUAUUGGAUAAUUAUGGUCAUAAGCGUCAAUAUUACAAUGCCACCAGUCAAAUAGCUUUAAGUGCCAUAACUUUGGUGCAUGGCAGUAAAACAAAGAAAAGCAAUUGUGUUGAGGAUUCGGAAACCUUAUUAAUUGCCAGCAAAUCCCUUCAGCCAGUGGAUAAACAACGUUCUUUAAAACUUAUACAACGAGCUAUUCUCUUGCAUCCUUCGAAUAUGAAUGCUUGGAAUGCUUUAUUAUCUGUUCAUUAGAUUUUUUUAACACUUUUUUUUUGGUUUGCUGAAAUACAUAUUGCGUUUUUUACUAAUUGUUUUUACAAAAUCUAUAAA